AUGUGGAUCAAACCUUACCUUGACCUCUUCCCUUCUAGACCCAACUGGGCCUUCAUCAUUGAUCUACUCAUACAUAACUUGAACCUGAACAACAACAACACUAAAUCAACAAACCCAUUCCUUCUAUCAUGGGACCCACCAACUAGAGGCCCUAGAGUGAACACCCUCCCCAAUGAAAUAAAAAACCUACUAAAAACAGCAAAACAAUUUAAUGUUAGCUUCACCCCAAUCAAGAUCUCAAAAGACAUUAAAAAACAGUUACCCACCUGGUGUCAUAUAGGAGCACCCCUAAAAACAUAUCACAAAACAAAAGACAAAUGCCUACAAGAAAAACAUAAAUCAAUAACUGUCAAAAACUUGAUCAAGACAAGUAAGAGACUAACCAACAUGAGAAACAACUCACAGUGUCACCUCCCUCACAAAGAUUGCACAUGCCCACCAUGUAAGAAAGACCGUCAAGUUGGCUGUCCAAACCCACACAAAUGUGCAGCUAAUGCAAGAGAAAUACUCAGUAAACUCACCCCCAAAUAUGACAUGAGAACAAAGCCGAAGAAAGACAGCCUAUCACUGAUGCACCAAUGA